AUGGAGGUGACGGGGGAACCGCUGCGGCACCCACUGGCGCAGAAGUUCCUCGCCGCCCUGGAGCACAGCCGGAAGGACGGCUACGUGGUGACGCAGCCUGCCGGCCUGACCAUGCCCAGGGGGUUCCUCGCAGACGCCGGCCGCAUCCUCGACUUCCCCGUGAGGCCGGACGACGUCUGGGUGGUCAGCUUUCCCAAGUCAGGGACGACUUGGACGCAGGAGAUGGUGUGGCUGCUGAUGAACGACCUGGACUUCAGAACAGCCAGGCAGGUCUGCCUCCCGGAGAGGUCCCCGUUCCUCGAGUAUUCAGCCCUGGUGCCGGAGGAAGGCAAGGCCGGCAUCGCGGACACCAUAGAGCUGGCCCAGAGGAUGACAUCACCACGACUCAUUAAGAGCCACCUGCCUCCAGCGCUCCUGCCGAAGCAGCUUUGGACCAUCAAGCCAAAGGUUAUAUACGUCGCCCGGAAUCCAAAAGAUGCUGCGACCUCCUUUUAUUACCACAUUCGGCUGAUGUACGAUCUGAAACUUCCGCUCGAAGAAUAUUACGACGCGUUUCUUGCCAAUGUUGUUUACUACACACCAUAUUGGACCAAUGUCCUCGAGUUCUGGAAAAUCCGGCAUGAGUCAAAUAUAUUGUGGAACACUUACGAAGAAAUGAAAAAGGAUCUUCGUGCAGUGAUACGGAAGACGGCAACCUUUCUGGGCCGGAUCGUAACGGACGAGGAAGUGGAGCGACUGGAAGAGCACCUCAGCUUCAGCAGCAUGCGCCAGAACCCGGCCACCAACUAUGACGGCCUGGUGCAGAGGCUGCGCUCCACCACAGGCCUGCCGCCGGUGCCCCAGGACCUGGCGUUCAUGCGCGAGGGCGAGGUGGGCGCCUCCAGACAGCGUAUGUCCCCGGAGAUGGACCGCCGCUUUGACCGGUGGAUACAGGACAAUAUACGGGGCACAGGAUAUGAUGGUCCCAUCUGA